UUGCUGUCUGGUACACGAGAAGCAGGAAAUGUAGCAUCGAGGAAGUUGUGGACGGAAGUGUUGACAUCCGACGGCGCGGACCCGGGAUUAUACACGGGAAUGCCUAAAGUGUCUGCCCUGUAUGUCCCACCCGGGACAGACUCUCCAAGAGUUCCAGAUUAUUGGCUUUACAAAUGUCUGCGGAGAUUCAGCGGCUUUGUGGCGCACGUUAUUGCACUUGGUUUCACCAUCUUCUUAGUCAUUCUUGCACGGCCUGGAACUAGUCUCUUCUCGUGGCAUCCAGUGUUCAUGGCUGCUGCUUAUUGCCUAUGUAUGACAGAAGCUGUGCUGCUGUUGUCUCCAGAGACCUCCCCACUCUGCCCGCUCUCCCGCAAGUCCAAGACUCGUUUGCACUGGCUUAUACAACUCUGUGUACUAGUUUUUGCUGGAGUAGGGAUUUCCUUUAUUAUAUGCAGCAAGAACCGCAUUGAGCAAUCCCAUCUAACCUCUUGGCACAGCAUGCUGGGUGUGCUCACUUUGGUAACUACAUGCUGUCAGGCUGUAUGUGGCCUGGCACUGCUUUUUCCACGUCUGGCGCAAGUCACUGCAGUCUCGCGACUCAAACUGUAUCAUGCCACUUGUGGCCUUUUAGUAUACCUUCUUUCUACAUCCACUGUCCUCUUAGGAAUCUGUUCUCACUGGUUUCAAGCACAGAUCAAAGGACCUCUAUGGUAUAUUUGCAUUGCCUUACCUCUAUAUCCCGCACUGGUAAUUAUGAAUCAAGUACUGGACAUAUAUCUUCCCAGGAAGAAAGCUCAAAUGCACAAGGACCACCUUCAUGUAUUUCCCAUGUGAAAGCAGGGCAGGUUAAAGGGCACUUCUAUCAGCAGAUUUGUACCUAUGAAACUGGCUGACCUGUUGCAUUUGCGUUUGGCAGUAGUGUUGAGAGAACUUCUGUUUUCAAGUUCGGCGUACAA